AUGCACUGGCCGCCAGGCUGUGGCCGGGGAAGGCGGACGUACACAUUGGCUUCGUGGGGGGCGGGCCCCAAGGUGCUGUCCAGUGCGUCUGGCCUGCCUGGAGUCUGUCUGGACCUGCCGCCGCCGCCGCCGCCGCCGCCCCCGCUGCCCGCGCGCCGCACUCCGGGACGGUUUUUGCGCGGCGCCGGGCGCACCAUGGCUCCCCGGGCCGCCGUCGCGCUGCUGCUGGUCGGCCUGCUCGGCACCCUAGUGCCCGCCCGGGGCCAGGACUUCGACUUGGCGGACGCCCUCGAUGACAAGGAGAAGAAGCCCACGACACCGCCCAAGAGACCCAGCGCUGACGAUGACGGGCUCAGUCUGGAAGAUGCCCUCGGCGGGGAAGGACACAAUGACCCAGUACCACCGAGUCCACCCAAACCUAAGCCUCAUCCAAACCCCAACCAGCCGGGAUCUUCUGGUGGCUUUUCAGAUUCCGAUCUCAUUGAUGCAGCUUCAGAUGGAGGCGGCGCUGGUGGCGCUGGCGGAGGAAGCCAUAAUCAUGACGGCGGGGAGCAGGCCGACUCCCCGGGGGUAGUCCCUGGCAUCAUUGGGGCCGUCGUGAUGGCCGUGGUCGGAGCGGUCUCUAGCUUUAUCGCCUACCAGAAGAAAAAGUUGUGCUUCAAAGAAAACACCGACCAGGGUGAGGCCAGCACCAAGAACCAGCAGAGCACCAACGCGGAUCAGCCUGUCCAGUGGAGUCUUCUGGAAAAAUAGAAGCUUGGCCACGACGCACGUCCAUGAUGCAACUCCCAGCAGAAGGACAAGACUCGCCGGCUGUGUCUUCCCGAAAAACACGUGCGCGGGCAGCGGCGGCCACGGCGGG